AUGGCAGACUUCGACGGCGCCAGCCAGAUCUUUCUGGCGUGGCUGAAGGCUUCUGGAGCGGAAAUCAGUCCAAAGGUCAAGCUGCAAGAUCUGAGGAACCAGGAUGCUGGGCGAGGCGUGGUCGCGACUGAACCCAUCGCCGAGCACGAACUGCUCUUCCGCAUACCCCGCGCCUCCAUCCUCAGCGUCGAAAACAGCAUCCUCAGCCGCGAAAUCCCCGCCUCGACUUUCGCCCUCCUCGGCCCCUGGCUCUCCCUCAUACUCGUCAUGCUCUACGAAUACCACAAUGGUCAUGCAUCGAACUGGGCUCCUUACUUCGCCGUCCUGCCCACCGAGUUCAACACCCUGAUGUUCUGGUCCGAAGACGAACUAGCCGAGCUACAAGCCAGCGCCGUGGUCACCAAGAUAGGGAAGGAGGGCGCAGACGAAGCUUUCACAGAGCAGUUGUUACCUGUGAUAGAAGAGUUUGCGGAGAUAGUGUUUAGUGGAGAUGCGAGGGCGAAAGACAAGGCGAAGGAGAUGCGCAGCCCUGAGAAUUUGGAGUUGAUGCAUAAGAUGGGGAGUUUGAUUAUGGCGUAUGCGUUUGACGUUGAGCCUGCGACACCUAGCAAAGAGGUAGACGAGGAAGGUUUUGCUGAGGAAGAAGAAGAUGCUGCGCUACCGAAGGGCAUGGUCCCGCUGGCUGACAUGCUAAAUGCCGAUGCCGACAGAUGCAAUGCGCGACUCUUUUACGAGAAGGACUGCCUGGAGAUGAAAGCGCUUAAACCCAUUCUGGCAGGCGACGAGAUCUUCAACGACUAUGGCUCCCUUCCCCGAAGCGAUCUACUAAGGAGAUACGGCUACGUAACCGAUAACUACGCGCAGUACGACGUCGUCGAGAUUCCUGCCGAGCUCGUCACAGAGAUCCUUGUCCGCGACGGCAUCUGGCAUCAAGACAGGAUGGAAUACCUCGACGAGCAAGAGGUGAUCGAUUCCGGCUACGACAUCGCAGCCAGCAACCCAUUCACCCUUCAGGAAAGUCUCUCCCCCGAGCUCGUCAUCCUAGUAGAAAGCAUGCUCCUCCCAGCAGAAGAAUACGAGCGCCUUAGCAGCAAAGGCCGCCUACCUAAACCAGAAAAGAUCACUAGCAAAGGCGCGGAAGCGCUGCAGAAGAUUGUCCAGGCACGCAUUGCGCAGUAUGCUACAUCGCUGGAAGACGACUUGAAGACGUUUGGUCAAGUCCCGCCUGUUGACGCUGCGUCGCCGAAGCAGCGGAGGCUUGCGAUGGCAAAGGCUGUGCGUAUCGGCGAGAAGCAGCUCCUGGCUCAGACAAAAGAUGCGCUGGUGGAGAAGAUUGCAAGAGAUGGCGGUGCGGCGGCGAAGCGGCAAAGGGCUGUUGAUGAAGAGGGGGAUGUAGAGAUGGGUGGUAUGGGGAAGAAGCACAGAGCUUGA